AGACUGACGUAUUUCUGUGUUUUGAAGUUCGACUUCGGGUUUGUGAAGUUUUGAGACUGACAACGUCUUUGCUGCAACUUGAAGGGUCUUCGCAGCGUUGAAGACGUGAUAUUGUCUGUAAAGCGAAGAUGCGUCCGAAGCCCAAGCCGCGACGCGGCGAACCCGCUUCUCAUCCGCAGAGGAUAUCGUUUGACGUCUCGAAUUCUGUGCCGGUUUAUUCUAAUGACGUCAUUAUUGACAUAAAUGCUGGAGCGCACACUGCCGGUAGUUCGAACGUUCGUGCGAAGUGUUUUGUGAACCAUUCUUGGGACACGAAAGUCUACGUUGGAUCGCAAAUAGCGCUAGACUGCUCAGGAAAUUAUCUUGCUUAUGCGCUUGAUCUCGACGGUGACAAGCCAGGCGCGGUUCGCGUCACCGACUUGCUGUCCGGCGGUCGUGGUCUUGUACGUGAUAUUCGGGGUCCGGUGAAAGAACUUGACUUUUCGUCAACUUCCAAUUGCCUGCUGCUUGCCGCUGUUGAUGCUUACGGUGAUCUGUAUGUUUACAACGUCUCGAAAAAUGAGCGUGAUCUCAGUCUUCAUCCUGUACUUAAUGUCACUCGUGAUCACAUUUUUUCCGUGAGUGAAUUCCAUCGAGUUUCCUGGUGCGCUUUACCCGGUUGUUCUUCAAAAGAACGCGUUUUAUGUGCUCAACCGGAUACAAAAUUUCCAGCGGACGCCUCAACAAUGCUGCUUGUCACGCAUGAUGAUGAGGUGCAAAUUUGGGAUGCUCGGGCAGUCUCGGCUAGAUAUGGUUCAUCCCCUCGAGGGUUAGAAAAAUUGAUCGUUGCGAUGGACAAUCUUCGUAAAUCCGCUCGCAAUGCCGUCGACAAGUAUGUUGGAUUUUGCAGCUUGCCUAAGCAUGAGGGCAAUGUGCUUCAAGCUGUGUUCUCGAGCGACGGAACAAUGGUAGCUACCGCCAGUCAAGACGGAAAAGUUCGAUUUUUUAGCGUUAGCUGUGAUUCUGUGCUGCCGCGUCAUGAAUGGAUUCCGCAUGACAACCGUUCUCUAUCAUGCCUGUUAUUUUUGGACGAUCCGCUCAACUCGGAAUCUAUUUGGAAUCUGGCCUUAACUGGAGCAGAAGAUAACCGGGAACUAAAGCUUUGGAGAUGCCAGGAUUUAUCUUGCCUGCAGGUCAUCACUUUUGUGCCUCCUCCUUCACUUGAUUGUUGGUUCAAAGUUGAAAUGGAUCCGAAAGCGAAGCACAUUGUUAUGUCAGACAUACAUCGCCGAACUUUGUACGCUCUUGACUUAUAUCAUGAUGAUUGUGAGGAGAAUCCGCAAUCUAGAAUUUGUGCAGUUUCGGAGUUGCCUCUGGCUGCUCCUUAUCUCAGUUUUAAAAUUCGCCGUGCGAUCUCUACUUCACGAAUGGUGAACCCAUCUGGUUUUGAUCAAGAUUCUGAAUGCGAAGAAUCAUUGGCAAAAGAAGUUAACAUCAAGCGAGACAAUGAAACCUUGAACUCGCGGAAGGAAAGCGUGGACGAGCGUACCGUUUCGUUAAAGCUGUUCGCUGUUGAGCCGAAAGGCAUACAAGAGUGCACAAUUGAAUAUUCGAUUGGUUUUAGCGAGCUUGAUCGCUUGUCUCAUCACGAUGAAUCAAUUGCGCAAGACACUCUCCCAGAGCUCCAGUUGGAAGUUAAUGGACAUGAAACUGAUGAUGGUUUGAACAACAAAAGCGUCAUCACCCCACCGCAGCAGCCGAAGGAAAUCAACCGUAUAAUGAAUGUCGACGAUGGUGUGGAUGGACGACAUUCCAUAACGACUGGGCGUAUCGAUGAAGAUAGUCAUGAUGAAGUUCAGGGUUCGUUUAGCCGUGAAAUUGGAACUCGGCUGAGGAAUCGAGCCUUUGCAGAAUCUUCAUCGUUGGACGAAACCUUGAGGUCCCUGAAGAAUAUCUUGAAAGAACUGAAGGAUGAGAAGAAAGCUGAAAGAAAUGAAAAAGAAGCCCUGAAAGAGGAUAUGGGAAUACUGCGGGCUGAAGUGUUGAAUUUGAGAUCAUUGAUGAAUUCUCGGCUUCAGACGCCUGUAGGUACAUCUUCGACAGGCCAAGCCUCCGACUUCGACAUGCGAGCUCUAGAUUUGUUAUCUGAAGUACACACUAUGUCCGGUGUUGCUGUGCAGAAGCUGAACGAUGUGAGCUUUGAUAGGAGCCAUUUGGAUGCAAUCGCUUCUGCAGCUGCUCGAAACGUGGGGGAUCAGUUUUCUGCUCGAUUCUCAGAAAUAUUAAAUCCGGCCGCACGAGAAAUUGCUGACAGCGUGAAGCAAACGCUUCGAUCAGAGCUCAAGAAAGAUGUUUCAGGAAUUCUUCAGCAGGUGAAAAAAUUGAAUGAAGUUGCCGGUCAAUCUCCGGUGUCAGAGGCUGUAGCUCGUUCGCUGGGAGUCGCGUUGGGAGGUCCGGUAAGCAAAUAUCUUGAUGCUACCGUGGCCAAUUCCGUGUCGCCGUGCCUAGAAAGACUCGCGAAACAAUUGGACAAAUCGUUGAAAGACUGUGUUAGUCAGUUCGGUGAACUUUCUCGUGAGGUAUCUGAGAAAUUGCGUCUGGAAACAGAAUCUUCUGUUGCUGAGCUGAAGUCCUCCGUUGAAUCGUCGAACAAUGAACAUGAUAAAUGCUGCUGUUUUUGUUCAAAUUCCCCGACCGGAGCCUCGAGUGCUAUAUUGUCUCAAGAAGUAUCCCGAGCUACCUCUCUUGCUAUUCAGCAAGCGAUGUUGCAAUUGAAAGAAGAUUUGGCCAAAACUGUGAGCAAGGAAAUGAAGAAAGUAAUUAGUGAAGAAUCGAUGAUGCGGGCGAGAAAUGCUGCCGGGACACCUGGUCUGUCAACAGCACCGAAACCACCUGCAGUAGAGAGCUUUCUGUCUCUGUUAUCAACUGGAAGAAUCAAGGACGCAUUUCAGAUGGUAUUAUCAGCGGGUGAUUUGAGCUUACUCAACAAGCUGAUGGAGUGGCCAGGCUUACCCGAAGUUGUCAACAGUAUAUAUUUGGAUUCGACGCUGUUAUUGGCGCUCAUCCAGCAAUCAUCGGUGUCCUUGGGAACUUUCACGGAGAAAAAGUUGGAGGUGUUGAAUUUGGCGCUUGUUUCGCUCGACUGCACGGAUACUCUAGUUCAGGAAAAGGGAUAUGAAGUCUUGCGAGCCGCUGACGAGCGCUUGAACGCCUUCGCAAAAUUGAAUCGGAGUCAAGCAAAUGUUGUUCGGAUGGUUCGCACGACGCUGAAUUCCCAGUUCACGAAGUUGCGGACCGAUCGAGGGGGCUUAAGGUCCAGAACAACGUCUGCUGCAAGCAUGCGUUUGGACGCAAGUUCUUGA